AUGAGCACCUCGACGCCACCCCUCCCCAAGACAUGGACAAAGGGCGCAUACCACAUCUCAACAGACUCCUCUCUCAUCCCUCUCGAAACCUUCAACGAGUGGCUCGCCUCAGACGACUUCUACUGGGCCGGUGCACUGCCGCUGGAUGUCCUGAAACAGACCCUCGAAAACUGCCUCUGCUUCGGCCUCUACUACACGCCAGAGCAGCAAGAAGAAUCCGCAGUAAAACCCACUGCGGAUUUUAUCGGGAUCGCCCGCUGCAUCACAGAUUACACUACUUUCAUCUACAUCACCGACGUCUAUGUACACUCCAGUCACCAGGGCCAAGGGCUGGGGAGCUGGCUGAUGGACUGUGUCGGCGAGGUCAUUGACGCCAUGCCGUAUCUGCGGCGGAGUAUGUUGUUUACAAUGGACUGGGCGCGCUCGGUGCCGUUUUAUGAGAAGAUUCUGGGAAUGAGCGUCACUGAAUCUAAGAGUGGCGAGGGAAUGGCGAUGAUGAUGCGCAAGGGGAGAGGGUAUCCUCAGACCAUGGCAGGUUGA